ACUUCGUGAAGGCAAAGGAAAAAGUUUGUUUCCGUCAUGUCGCUCAUGUCAUAUCGUAAUGGCUGCGUAAUUUUCCCGUGAUAAAAUUUCCUUUGCCAGUCCAGUUUGCUAUGGGAUUCUUACUAUUACGGUUUCGUUAGUAUUGUGUUAUGUAUUUCAACGUUAGAAUUAUCUGUUUACGUACAAAAGCUUACGCUACCUAUAUUUAAGCUAUUUUGAGUCGAAUGAGGAAUAACGUUGAUGUGACGAUCGCGACCAUCUCACCUUUGCGCCCCGUUGAAAAAAACAUUAUGGAGAUCUUUUGGCGGUUGUCAAAGUAAUAUUAAGUUUGGGAACUUUUGAUUCAAAUUGUAGACUUUGUUUUGUUCACUUACAAUAAUAGGAUAGCCGAUAGGACUAUUAAAUUCUCAAAGAUGGAGAACGAGGACGACACUUUUGUGGUUAUCAUUGGUGAUGACGAGAAUUGGGAGAGCGGGACCGGGAGUGGCAAAAUUCCGAAACCUUUGCAAAUAAAACAAGAGGUCGAGGAAGUUUCAGAGUUGCAGACAAAGUUGUCUGUAGAAGAUGUUCUUGAAGUUGCGUCUAAACUUGGAGAAUACAUAGAAUUUCAACCAACAGAAUUUAAAACAGAACCUGAGUAUUUGGAAACAGAAUACUUGAAAGAUGAUAAUGAUGAGCUGGAUAAAACAUACAUGAACCCUGAUUAUGAGUAUAUUCAUGAAGAUGUGGGUGCUAGUGGGCCCGAGGGGAAUGAAAGUGAUUUUCACACAGAUAGUGAUUCGGGGAGCAAGCGAAGAAAAGCAGUAUUCCGGAAAUCAUUUGUGGAAGACUUGAGGAAGGAGUAUCCGGAGCUAAGGCAAAAUUACACACAAUUAAUAAAGACUUUAGUGGCGAUAAUGAAAUCUGUGAAGAGACCACUGCCACCAAGGGAUUAUUUUGUUAUGAAUGAUAUUUUGUAUGAAUGUGUGAAAUGUGGUGCAGUGUCCGAGUCGGAGCCGGCGGUUUGGCGCCACUGGCAAGAGAAGCACGGCAAGCGUUACCUCGUAUGCUACGCUUGCGGAGUUGAUUUCAGAAGCUGUACAAAUCUGUACAAGCACGAGAAACGUUGUAGCGCCAAAGACGCCAACAUAGUGCUGAAGGCCCGCGCCAUCUUCCUCGGCAGAAAGGGCCGCAGCCGACCUUACCUUGGUCUAGCUAAAAAGUAUCUCCCGAAGAAGUCUUCUAAUAACGUCAAAAAAUCGUUCCCGUGCCUGAUCUGCUCGGCCGUGUUCAACAGCAAGAACAACCUGCAGUCGCACGAGAACCUGCACCGCGGGCUGCGGCCCUACCGCUGUCACCAGUGCCCCUGCGCCUACACAUCCUUCUCUGCGCUCGCGCGCCAUCUACAGAAGCACAAGAACGAAACGUUUAUAUGCGACCACUGCCAGCGCCCGUUCAAGACUAAACCCACUCUUAUUGCGCAUUUGGACACGCAUUCACCGGUGCGCAAGUUCGGAUGCAGCGCGUGCGGCAAGCGGUACGCGCAGAAGGCGGCGCUGCGGCUGCACGUGGGCCGCGACCACCUGCAUCUGCCGCCGCCCUGCGCCUGCCAGAUCUGUCCCAAGAGGUAUCCGCGAAUGUCGCUUCUGAAGCAACACAUGAGGACAGCUCACGGCAUGACGCUCAUGACGCGCAAGAUGUUCUUCAAAACCCUGCCAACAUUGACGGACACGCAGCUCCAACAAGCGAUAUUAGUGCUCAAAUCUGACGCCAUGAUGAUUAAUGAUGUCAAAAUAGAGCCCCUGGAUAUAGACGAAAUGGUCGACCACACAAUAAACCAGAACAGUAUGAACGAGUCUGACAUCGUGGAGUUUCUGGACUCGAGCGCCUGUGUCGAGAUGUACCCGGAGCUUCAAAAGCAAUUCGGCGGGAAAUCUAGAACUAAGUGAAAGUGAAGUGUUGAAAUGUUCCGUGUGAAUUGUGAUUUAUUUGACCGUUAUUUAUACGACUAAGCUGUAGAAUGGUUUUUGGUAUGUACUUGGGUUUUAGUCUGAUGAGAUUGACGGUAUUUUUUGUUUGUAUUUUUUCAAAUUUAUAGUAGAGAAAAAUUUACAUAUUAGCAUAUUUUCGUACAUUAGGUUUUUCUUUGUUCGGUCAACUGUUUUGGUGAAGAGUUUCUGGAAGGAACAUCAUUUUCAUAUGCCUACUCAUUGCUGGAUGUUGGGUUAAAUUUUGCUUUGUCCAGAGCUAGUCUGAAUAUUUUAAAAUAAUUUGCUUCAUAUUACGCUCCUAGGUUGAGUGUUACUGGCACAGGUGUCAGAUUUUAUCACAGAAAGUUGAUUUACUUGGGGUGUACUUGAGCAUCUAAAUGGUAAGGUUUACGAGAAAACAGAGAUAGGUAAUCGGGCAAUAAUAUUUACGCCCAGUUUCUGUCCGGGCAUAAACUUGCGUCUUUGGGCGUCUGGGCGUAAAUUUUGUCCGUAAACCCAUCUCUGCUAGAAAAAUAAUUACAAUGCAAUUUCAUGUAAAUAAUGUGAUGACAUGGAAAAAAUAAAAGACAUGAAUUUUAAUACGAAAAGUGUUUUAUUACGCACUUAUUAUUUCAACCAAAUGUUUACGAAAUACUCAUCUAUAGCAUAAUGCAUACACGUUAGAAGACACCACAAAAUGUAUAAUGCUUCGUUACAUACUAGGAAAAUACAAAAAUAUUAAGCGGUUUCCGGUAAACAUGUAACUGGAUACCUUAAUUUAUAUGCGAAAUGUACAUAAAAUGCACCUUUUUUAAAUAUACGCUCUCCCCGGUCAUAGACAACACUCCAAGACCAUUUUCGACCUGGCAUUUCCAAGAUGGCGGUUGAUGAAUGAAAUUAAUGGAAGGAUUAUUUAGGCGGCAAAAUCAAUGAAUGAAUGAUGGCUUUUUAGGCGCCAAUAGUGUAUGACAGUAAUGAAAUAAUAAUGAAAUUUAUUUUUGUGAACUUAUCCAAUAAAAUGAUAACCGUAAAUAGAUGUUAAUCAUUGGUAGAUGUUUAUUUGUGAUUUGAUUGAUGUUAAAUAUGUUUUUAAUGACGUGAUUUUGAAGUGAUAAAUAUGAGAAAAUAAGACAAUAUACGAUGAAUUUUUGAUACAAACUCGAUACUGUGAUGAAUUAGAAUACGAUGACUGCGAUAAAUUAUAAAAAUAAUAGAAUUGUAUAUGCAUUGAUUGAUUUAGAUGACGUGUCUUAUGUAUGUCCACUAGUGGACUUUGGUGAUGAAUAAGAUGUUUUGAUUGAUGAUCAAAGACCGUAGCGCUAGAGUGUAAAUCGAUAAACACUGAAACUUUGCAUGGUUCAUUCGCAUCGUUUCACAAUACCAUACUGUGUGAUUGGUUUGGCUUACUGCGAAAAGCUUCGACAGUCUAUAUCGAAUCACAAUCUCCCACUCCAGUCUCUGAAACGUAUUAUGGAAUGUUACUUCAGCGACAUAAAAUGAACACCAUUCAGAAAUGCCAUGACUGCUUUUAAACUUUAUGGGUGCAUUUAUAUAGAACUAGAAAAGCGUUUAUCACUAAUCUCCACAACAACCACGUCACCAACAUCCAACAAAACUAACUAUACUCUUUACCUUCCCUCCGAGCGAAUACUGAUCAUUUUUAUCAUAAUAAUGGUCCAAAAAUAUCUAACAGCAUCCCUAAACGAUCGAGUAGAAAAAUACUUUUAAUUAUGCCUCACAGAAAUCUAGCUUGUUUUUUUUAUAUGUAUUUUUUCUCGCACAUUUUUUAAAUUUAUUAUAGUGUCAUGUUGAACGGCGUCAAAGAUAAAGGUCUAAGAGUGUUAAAUCUAAACUACUGUGACAAUCUCAAUAAUUUUCGAUUUAGUUGCAUAAUGUUCAAGGUGAAAAUGUAAUAGAUUUUAAUUGUUAAUACGAGUUCGGACUAUCAAUAAAUCAAUUUAGUUGUUUAUGUGAACUUGUUAUUGCACAAAAUAAAACUUGAUAAAACAUCAAUCACAAAGCAAUUUAUGGUUAUCUUAAUGUGUCUUAUUCUUAUCAUUACGUUAAUCGAUUUUUAAGUAAUUACUUGUGGUCGUCUAAGUAAUGAUCUGCUAAAAAGAAAUUAAAGGUUUCUUUUAUAAUUUUGUGAAAUAUUGAAUGAGAAAUGGAAUUUGUUAUUUAUUCUUCGAUAAUUUUCACUGAACAUUGUGCAUCAUAACUCUUAACAUUUUAAACCUAUGAUAACAGUUAAUACGAUUACAUUAUACGGACAAGUGAACUUGUAAUGCGUAUUAUCGAUUAACCUUACCACAUUAAAUGAAUAUGAUAGAACGACGUGAUACAAACGUAGGUACUCAAAAUAUCAAUAUAUUUCGAUAUAUGAAGACGUUUGCGCAUACAUGGGGUGCUUUUGAUUUCAAUCACGUUAAUAUUUAUAUAAUUUUAACAUUUUAGAUUCGAUAUAUUUUAUUUUACAUCUAUACAUCCCAUGGCCAAAAUUCAAUUGGCCGUUGACGGUAUUGCGUAGGUAUGUAAAUGUUAAAAUUAUAGACAAUAUUCUCAAUGUUCACAAUGCAUUGCUUGUGGAAUAGUGGAAAAAUAUCUACUGUUACAAAAAUAACACCCCAUUUUUUUCUAUUUUUCUAUUCGCAUCACAUAAUUUAUACUUUUAAAAGCUUCGGUGUAAAGUUAUUAUGGUCACACAGUUCAUCUCACAGUCACAAAUACGCCUUUUUGCCGGUUUUGAUUCCACGUCUAUUUUUCGUUUUUUUUUUAUAGAUACCAUGAUGAUCCUAUCGCCAGAUAUAAAUAUGUUUAUUUUAUGUACACGCAUUGUAAUGAAGCCUAGCCAGUUAUAGAGCCAUUAUUGGUUCAAAAGUUAGCUCGGUUAAAUAAACAACUUCGUGUGGGAACGAAUAGGAAAAUGGCUGCAUUGCUAUUGAAACAGUAGACUUGCAAAUCUUGAUUAUGAUAAUGGAUGCAAGAUAGCAGCUAGGGGAGGCUAUUCUGUUCUUGUAAAUAUUUAAUGCCACAUCAAUGCUUUAUACAAGUUAAUUUGGUUUGACCUAAAUAGCAUUUUACAGUGUCAGGAAAAAGAGAAACAUUUUUUUGAGGUUGCAGCAUUGUCGUGCACACUGAAGGCAUAUGCAUGCGCGUACGCAGCACAUAUUUUAAUGGAAUUAUUUUAUAUGUUUUUUAUUUUUUUGUAUUUUAUAUACCCACGUGAGAAGUAGAUGAACAAUCAAAACCAGUUAAGGCUAUAACGAUAUCAGACAAACGUCUUAUUAUCUAAACAAAUCCGAGAUUAAUGUAGCAUUUAAAUUCAACAUGUUAUUGUAAAAAUAAAUAUCUUAUACAUCAAACCAGCGUCACUAAGACUUACGAUGAAUUUGUAUUAUUACAGUUAUGUAUAUUACAAUCGUAUAUAUACUAGUGGCAGUUAUCAACGCUCUGAUAAAUGGUAUGCGACGGCAAAAUUUCUCGAGUUGACAUUCUUAUGUAGAAAUUUCCAAAUAUGAAGAAUUUAUCACCAGUUGUAGUUACGCCACUGCAUCCUUAAUCCAAGAGUCACUUUGAGGAUGCAAUGAAAAUUGCAUGUCACAGAUUUAUAAAACGACUUGAAUGUUAUACACAGUGAUUGUUUUUAUUUCGAUCUUUGACAAUUUCUACAGAAAGAAGUCAAGAAUACAUGUAGGUACUCUUUAAUCAAAGUCGGACGUCCUCGUAUAUUCUCGGCGAUCAGAUCGGCUCAGCAACUGAUUCAUUCGAAGCGUAUAUUCCUUAUAGACUCUAUGCUUCUACAAAUGAAGUACCAUGCAUUAAAAUAUAUGGAUAAAUGGUUCUAAUCAAUACAUUUCAAUGAUAAUAAUAAAUGAAUAAUAAAACAGUCCGCCAUUCCUAUCCAACAUCCUUACAAAAUACGUCAUUUGAAUUUCUUCUCAUCGACUAAAAACUAAUUUCUCAAAUACAUAAAGUCAACUGUACCGUUUAAAAAAAAAAACGCAAAA